AUGACCUAUCCCCAUCACUCCGGGUCGCCCUCGGACCCGUUGCAUCGCCGCCUACCGGCUGGCAAUGCACCACAUUCGCCCCUGCAAGAGUACCUCAACGUCGGUGGCUAUCAAGGCGGUUCGCAGGGCUUUGGUUACGACUAUGACAGUUCCCAGGCCAGCACUUCGCCUUCCCGCCGCCCUGUCCCGUACCCCAGCCCCAACUUGCAAGGUCGUCAACAUCUCAACAUUGGGGUCCCCCAUUCUCACGACCACAUUCCGACUUCUGGCAUGACGCCGUCGAUCACAUUCGGCAUGCACGGCGGCUCGCAGCAGCAGCAACUCCAGUUUUUCCCCAACGGCAUGGUUGAUGGAAGCUCGGAACCGAGUAGCACCCUCGGUGAGAGUGGAAGUCCCUUUUCCUCGUUCCACCAGGACGGGCUGCCUGGUGGUUCUGUGUACCUAGUCCCGCCAGUGGACUGGAGUCCCAACCAGGCGUCCACAGGAAACUCGGCUCAGCAGCAGGCUUCCACAGGGCCCGCCAAGGGGGCCAAGGGCAACCCCAACAAAGUUCCCCGGCACCAAUUCACCGCUUGUGGAGCUUGUCGCCAUCGUCGUGUCAAGUGCGACCUUCGUGCCCGCCAGGAGGAGGCCGAGCGCGAGGCCUUUUUGGAUGAUGCUCAGAAUGGCAACACCGGAUCAUUACGACAUCGCCGGGCCAGCUGCACCAACUGCCAAGAGCGUGGGACCAACUGCGUCGACGAAUAUGCCCCGCUAAAGGCUGCCAAGCAGCUCCGCCGCGGCAAGCGGAUCUCGGAGAUUGAGAUGCUCUACGGCAAGUCCGCCACGGACGCUGCACUCGCGUCACAAGGCGAUGAGGGCGAGCGCUCUCUCAGCCCCGGCGGACGCAAGAUGGAUCGCAUUCCAGAACUAACUCGCGAGUUUUUCGACUCGCAGUUUUUCCGCCGCUUCAUCCUCCAGCGGCCCAUCGUUGACUCGCUGGACUUUGUGACGGUCUACCUCUCCAAACCCAUACCUUGUGCUGCGGCGAUGGGUUCAGUGGGUGCCGUUCUCUGCCACUGUCUUUACGCAUGGGGACUCUCAUACGGUGUCGACGAACGCGGCCAGCUCGACGUGGCGGAAGCAGGCGGUGAGACCGUUGGUCCUCUCAACCUCCUGAGUGCCAGCGAGUCCGAGGCUCGGCGUGAGCGAGACCGCCAGAGACGUAAGGAAAAGUUCAACGGAGUCGUUCGAACUAUUCUUCGCGAAAUCGACGAGUACGGCAUUCUCCGCAGACCGUCUUGGGACGGCAUCCGCGCUGUCCUCCUUAUCCUCCCUCUCACCGAAGGUAUCUCGACUCCCGUUGAACGCCAGGCACUAUACCAGUCGGCUCUGUCCCAGGUUCAGCUCCUCUGCACCAAUGACAGCUUUGGUUACGACGGCCUCCCCGUGACGCUUCCGCUCAGCCCGUCUCUCAACUCGAAUCCAAACAAGGCCGAGUCUAUUCGUCUCACCCAGCUCCGCAUCUUCUGGUAUGCCUUUGUCCACGAGAGCAUCACCGUCGGCCUCCGCGGUGGCAAGCUCUGUCUGGAGGACGAGAACGACCUGUCGUUCCUGGAACAGGCGCUCGACAAGCAACCCACCACUCAGUCACCAGGACACUUGCAUAUUUCGUCCGCUAUGGUGGCAGCACCAGUACGGUUUGCUCUCGCAUGUCGCCGUAUCCACGCCGUUCUCUCUGGCGCCAAGGCUCGUAAGCGCGAUCUACCUGAUGUCGAGCAGCUACAUUCCAUUUGGGAAUCGCUCGACCAGUCUUGGGAGGAGUUUGACAACCUCAAGAACGAGCCUUCUGCCACUCCUUAUCGGGAGCACGACGAGGUCGCCAGCUUCGCUGAUGGAUGGAAAAUGAGCGUCUUCGAGGCCCAGAACGCCAUCCUCAGACAACUAGAAGAGCGACUCGAGCGCUUACAAGCCAAGAGUACAAGAAUCGACUCCAGCUCACUACCUCCCUCGCCGCGCUCAAACGACUUGGUAACCGACCUCAACCAACUCCGCCAUCUCCAUGAACUCGCUCGCACUCGCUGUGAGAUAAAGAUGUCACGAGUAAUGGACAUUAUCCGUGGUCAUCUUGGCGCACAGAUGUUUGAGUGGGACGCCAGCCUCGUGCGCGAUGGCACCUACCAGGCGGCGAUGAUGCUUGUCGCAACAGGUGGUAGCGACGACGACGUCAGUGUAUGUCUGCAGGCGCUCAACGAGAGUCGCUGGGCCCAUUCCAAGUCAUGGGAGCGCUCGCAAGACCUUCGCAAGGCUUGGUAUGCGAAACGCUCAAAUGCCGGGUCGCCCAUGGGCGACGCCAAGCACAGUCUGCCCGACACCUGUGAGAACAGUUCGGCACCCAAGUCGCGCAACGACUCGCCGUUCACGUCCCCGGCUUUCGACUCGUUCUCGCACAUCAUGCCUUCCCAGCCCUCUUCUGCGCCUCCUGGUUGGGUCCCACCCGGGCCGCAGAGCUACCACGAUGCGCUGGUCCAGCGGAGCAAGAGCGACACGUCUGCCUUCGGCGCGUACCACUCGCGCGGGAUGAUGGACUCUGUCAAGCAAGAGUUCAGCCCCGAUGGCCUGCCACCCGACGGGUACUUCCAGCCAACGGACGGACAUAUGUUCCCGUUCGGCAACCACCACAUGUCCUAA